AAAAAAUAGACAUGUACGUUCGGUUAUUUGUAAUAUAGCAGUGCGUGUUUGUUUGAUUGACAUUUGUUGACAGGCUGCGCACACAGUUGGGAGCACACACACAUACACACACACAGUGACAGACGCGCGCACACCGGGGAGGAGAGAAAGGCGAGAAGAGGAGAGAGGAGGGGGGCGGUUGGGGUGUGGGUGAGCGAUCGAGAAUACAGAGCGCCAGAACACCGCGGCUCUUCCUCCCCAGCAGGCUCCGGUCCAGCCUGUGUGGUCCUUCGGGCUCGGGUGUGCUCUCUUCCGCUGUUGCUAAGGAGAUGGACGUCUCGAACGGAGCUGCGGUCCGGGCUGAAUUGUCCACAUCGUCCCCUCCUCAACAACCGGCUGUCGUUCAGCGUGCAACGCGUGUAUGUGUGUUUCCCGGAACCAUCGUGAACAACGUGACGCCUCAGUGGCAGCUCUGCAGCAGCAGCAGCCAGGACCAGUGGAGCUGCAGCCGAGGAGCUGAAGAGGCGAGGGUUUGACCGGCGGCCGCUCGGCGUCCAAGACAGACAGCGGAGAGACACGGGGGGGAUUUCGGCGAAUGCUACCUGGCCAAGACGUCGACUUAAGCUUGACAAGGGAGCAUGGCGUCCACGGGCAUGCAGAUAUUUGGAUUUGUGCUGGCGCUGUUGGGCAUCAUGGGUGCAAUGGUGGCCACUCUGCUGCCCAACUGGAAGGUGAGCGCCGACGUGGGCUCCAACAUCAUCACGGCCAUCUCCCAGAUGCAGGGACUGUGGAUGGACUGCACGUGGUACAGCACUGGAAUGUUCAGCUGCACACUGAAGUACUCCGUGCUUUCGCUUCCUGCGUACUUGCAGACUGCGCGCACCACCAUGGUGCUGUGCUGCGUGCUGGCGGCCAUGGGCCUGUGCCUGGCGUCCCUGGGGCUCAAGUGUACGCGGUGGGGAGGGGGGCGGCGCUCCAAGCGGCACGCCGCCAUCGCCAGCGGGGGCUGCUUUGUUACCGCCGGCUUUCUGUGUCUGGUGCCCGCUUCCUGGUUUACCAACGAGGUCAUCACCAACUUCCUGGACUCCACCGUGCCCGAGAGCAAUAAGUUUGAGCCCGGGGGUGCCGUGUACGUGGCCUUCGUUUCAGCCGGGUUCCUCCUCAUGGGGGGCUCCAUCUUCUGCAUGUCCUGCUCGGGGAAGAGGCACGGCCCCCAGGAUCUGGUCCUGCUUCCCCCGCCUGACAAAUUGCUACUGCAGCAACAGCAGCAACAGCUGCUCCAACAACAGGAGCUCCAGCAUCAGUAUUGCUCUCUCUCCCCGCUGGAUAAUAAGACGGGCUACAGCCUGCAAGACUACGUCUAGGUCAGCAGUGUUGCGUAUGCACCAGCUUACAGGAGAGGCGGAGGAGUGGACCAUCGCAGAUUAUGCUUUAAGAGUCGGAUGUGCUGCUCUUGUGUCUUGCUCCUGUCUUUCUUCUUGUUUCGCAAGCACAACCAGCGGGGGUAAUCUCUGAGCAGCACCUUGGAACAAACAGACUGACGGCGUCACGAGCACCGAUGAGGUGCUGCACAAUCCCAGGGAGCCGCAAACCAAAUGCAAGACAUCCUGCAUCGGUAAAUCACUGGGAGGGCUCCCAGGGGAGUGGAUUAAGCAAAUAGGAAGUUUUUCUCCCCCCCCCCUCACCCCCUGCCAAAGGUUUGAAUCAAAAGAAAAAAAAUAAGCAAUCACUUAGCUGCUAUUCACAAUCUUUUGGAGCUCUCUCGAUUGACAACAAAUGCAGUAGGUGGACGUCCUUUCAUAUACGGCCAUAUUCUUGUUUGCUGUUCCAGUGACUUUGAUGUCUUGCCGCUAAGCAUGUCGUGUGGAGCCUGUCUUGUGUUUCAAUACAGCGGGAUGAUCGGUAGAAGUCCGAGACAUAGCCACACAAUAUGCCUGUGCCUGAAAAAGCUGUUAGCGUGUGGAAAGUGCUCAAAGCGGAGAAGAAGGAGGAGGAGACGUGGGCUGCUGGGCAGGAUUUGAGCAAAUGCAGACAAACAGAUGCCUGCUCUCCUCCUCUCGGCAGGUGGAAAAGCGGUAGAGAUGGAGAGAAACGAACGGCAGCUGAGAUUGAAUCCUUGAGGGGACCAUGUGGGAGUGGGCUAGCUGUUAUCAUAGUGCCAUCCUGAAAACACUCUGUCGCUAAGGUGCCAAUUCUGGCCAAAGUAACCAUUACUGACACACACACGCACACACGGAUACCAGCGCCCCAUGAGACAUGAACUUCCCCCACUCCUCCAUAUACUAGUCUCUGUCCUUACAGAAACAUUAACACACAUGCUCAUGCUGUUUUUUUUUUUUUUUGCAUGUUUUCGCCCCUGUCGUCCUCCUCCAUGCUACCAUGGAAACCAAAUUAUUGUCUAAGAGCUGGUGCUUGUCAGCCAAGUGAUUUGUUUGUGGUAGGACAGCAUUUUUUUUAUAUUUAGCUUUGUCCCCAUUGUUCCAUAAGCUUCAAUCAGAGCCUCUGUGUACACGACUUAGUCUAAUCCCCUUUAUUAGCCAGCGAGAAGAGGCAGCAUCCAUGUUAAAUUGUUUAGAGCUUUUUUUUUCCUUGCCUGGAUGCAUUCAGAGGCUAGAGUGGUAUAGAGGCAAACGUGCGGCAGCCCAAAAAAAUAUUUGAAUCAUUCUCCAUACGCGACCUGUUUCCCAAACGUGUCAGCAAGGAGGCUUCACCUGCAGAAGGUCUCAAGAGUCUUAAAUGGGAGCCGGUUGACGGCUAUCACCAUCGCCGCCGUCCCCACCACACACAAACACACAUUCUCUGUCCUGCUUCCGUCACACGUCACAUGGAUGCCAUGGCAGAGGGGAAAACUCUGAUACAUGUUGAAAGCAUGACCUAACACACACACACACACACACACACACACACACACACGUUCGCUGACCUAUUCAAAUGUAAGGGCACUGUUGCGCUUUCACACGUUGCUAUACCAGUGUGCGUGUACGCUUUUCUGUUAUAAUGUGGACACGUUUUGGCAGUGAUGCAUUGGACCGCACAGUUUCUUCCUUCUCUCUCUCAAAAAAAAAAAAAAAACGCUGAGCUUUCUGUGGAGCGAGCAGAUGGCUAAGCCCAGCUCGCCACCUGCAGGCCGCUGCCGUCACACCACAAGGCAUCACUAUGGGAAUCAUCUGCAGCGCUGGCAUCCCUCCGGGACCAGGUUUCUCCACCAUCUUGUCCAAGCUUCUCCAACAGAGCUGGUCUGCUGACAAUAAAUCAGUGCCCUGGCACCAGAACCAAUGCAAUAAACAAAAAAAAUGCUAAGAAUGUGCCAUGUCAUCAACUAAUACUGACGCUUCAAGAAUGUGCCAAAUACUGUAGUCUCAUGAUGACAUUUUAUUACGACCCGGAAUCCUUUAUCUUUAUUUUUCUAACGUGUUUUAUGUACUUGUAUUGUACAUUAGCGAAUGUUUUAUGGAUUUAUUCUGCCAGACUAAGUCUCAAGUCAAACAGAUGCUUGUGUGCAGUCCAGGGCGGCUUUCGAGGGUUAUUUCAAAUCCUCUUUAUUCGUGAUUUCCCAAAGCACAGUGAGAGUCACUAAAGCAUGAGCGUGGGGAGGACACGGGUGUGGUAUUUUCUUAACAAAUGUAUUCAUUCAGGAGUAUUCAAGGGUCUGUGGCAGCUGUACACAAGUAUCUACGUGUUUGUUUAUGCUGAGGGACUUGGAAUUCCCUCAACUUGUUCCAAUAGAAGAUACAAUACCAUGAUCAUACCAUAUCUUCUUUAUAAGAAGAGAACUCCAAUGCACCUUUUUCUGUCUUUCUAUUUUGGGAGUAGUUUGUUUCAAAUGGUUGAGCAUUUCAAGCUCCCUGCACCAGUACAAACACAACACAAGUGGCACUCCAAAAGGAAAAAAAAAGGGAAUGACAUCUGACCACUCCAGCAGGGAGUUAUGAGCUAGAGGUUCCUCUUUUGUGUGUGUGUCUUUGUAGCUUGAUAUCAGCACGCAAUUUCAUUAGCUUAGAAAUGGCCAGAGUGCAAAUUGGUCCUAAGAAUUUCAAGUUACAAAUGUGCAUAGAAACUGUACCAAUACUGUACCAAUUUAUCAUUUUUGAUAAACUGCAGCUUAUUUUUGUGGAUGCUUUAGCACUUCUUACUUUGCCAGAGCAUAAUUGUAAUGAUGAGCAGCUCACAAGUUCUGAAACAGUUGUCUCAAUGUGCUUGUGCAAGUAGUUCUAUUUUUUACUAAUAAAACUAUUUUAUGAAAGCAA